AUGGUGGGGGGCUAUAUAUCCUGGGCUUUCGACCACCAAAAUUGCCACUCAAUUCAACAAGAUCACUUGCUUUUCAUUUUGGCAACCCAUCUUACUUACAAUACAUUUCAACACAGCACAAAGCUCAGCUCUCGAAUUCGGACAACAUUAAACGCUUUGAUCAUGAGUAACGAUAUUCUCAACGAUUGGUUCCUGGUAAAGCUGACUCGAUGGGAAGACGGCCAUGAAACCAGUUCGGCUCUCCUCCCUGUGAACAUUUCUGCCGGUGAUACACCGUCUGGCCUCAGAAACGGGCUUCAGGCUGUUUAUAAGCGCAUUUGGGAUUACUUUACUGUUAUAGAGAGAGACGGCAACUCCUCCGACCGAACCAAUCUUCCUUCGGGAGCCGCCAUUAGAGAAGGUGAUGGUAUCGAAGGUUUGAGCGUUGAUUGGCAAGGCCUUUCGGCUGGCGACUGGCCAUCGCAGCGGACUCUUGUGACAGAAUUCAACCUUCCUGGAAUCCGGGGAAGAUUAUCAACGAGUAACAAUGCAGUCAUCCACUGUACUGUCAAAGACAGUAGACUCGACGGAAUUUCCUGGUGCCCCCCCAAAAAUUAGAUCAUUUUAGUCUGGGAUCAGAUACAUGAGACGAACUUAAAGUGCUUAUGAGAGU